GUUCUGUCGUCAUGUUUCCCUCAGAUCUCGUGUCUGUUUCUGCUUCUUCUCUGUGGAUUUUAACGUUUUCUUGGUUGUUGUUCUGUAAACAUGUUUAAGGUGAACAGAAGAACAAACCAAUCAUUGCUGCUCCUGGUGAUGAUGUCAUCCUGCCGUGUCGUCUGGACUCUGAGGAGGACCUGCAAGAUCACUUUCUGGAGUGGAUCAAACUGGAGAUGGACCCUGACCCAAUAAAGAGACGUUUUGUGUAUCUGUACCUGAACAGGAAGAUCAUGACCAGAUUCAUGAUGGAGACGUUCAUCCAGAGAGUGUCUCUGAACCCAGACGGACUCAAACGAGGAGACGUGACGUUAAAGAUCAGGAACGUGACGCUCCAGGAUGAGGGGAAGUACAGAUGCUACAUUCCUGGGAAGAAGUUCAGGGAGACGGUUCAGCUGCUUGUUGGUGAACAGAAGAACAAACCAAUCAUUGCUGCUCCUGGUGAUGAUGUCAUCCUGCCGUGUCGUCUGGACUCUGAGGAGGACCUGCAGGAUCACAUCGUGGAGUGGACCAAUGAAGAGAUUGAGCCAGAUCCAUCAGGGAGACGUUUUGUGUAUCUGUACCUGAACAGGAAGACCAUGACCAAAUUCAUGAUGGAGACGUUCAUCCAGAGAGUGUCUCUGAACCCAGACGGACUCAAACGAGGAGACGUGACGUUAAAGAUCAGGAACGUGACGCUCCAGGAUGAGGGGAAGUACAGCUGCUUCAUUCCUGGGAAGAAGUUCAGGGAGACGGUUCAGCUGCUUGUUGAGCCAAACGGAGUCAGAGCUCCAACCAUGGAAACAUCCCAGUUUAACAUCUCCACUCCAGAUCCAGGAGGAGAGCAGAACAACAUCUGGAUCAGUCGCUCCAGACCGGGUCUUUGGAUCGCUCUUGGAGUUUUUACCUCAUUGAUCUUCUCUGCUGUUUGUGUUUAUAACUUUCAGUGGAGACCACAGAAAUGUCAGAAACCUGUUCUGGUGUGAAGACAUCCCAUCUCUCCAAAGCUGCUUUGCUCGUCUUCAAAAACUGAAGAUGGUUUCUGGUACUUCAGUCUCAUGGAGAAUUGUAACCGGUGUGAGGAUGUUCUGGUUCUGACCCGUUUCUGCCUGAGCGUCGGAGCUCCUUCAGUCAUGUGGAGAAGUUCCUGGAGAUCAGGACCAACUGAAGAACUCUGAACGUUCU